AUGACGCGCAAGAUUUGCAUCACUGCCGUAGAUGGCAACACAGGCUUCGCCAUCGCCGAGCUUCUCCUCCAGCAUCGAGAGUUCUCGCGCAAAAUCGAAUCAGUCAUCGGUCUAGCCUUGGAGCCCAAGUCAGAGAAGGCACAGGAGCUGAAAGAUUCGGGAGCGACAAUUGUGCCCCAUACGUUCGGCCGCGUCAGGGACAUGGUGAAGACGCUCAAGGAUACCGGCGCAGACACAAUUUGCCUGGUACCACCAGCACACAAGGACAAACACGACAUAUGCGUCGAGUUGGUUGACGCGGCAAAGAAGGCCCAAGUCGCAAACGUCUGUCUUAUUAGCUCGGCGGGGUGCGACUAUGCAGAUCCCAAAAAGCAGCCUCGACUCCGGGAGUUUAUCGACCUAGAGGCCCUCGUCUUGCAGUCCAAGGGUGACGCCAGCACGCCUACCGGUGGCUCGCCCUGCGUUAUUCGCGCAGGAUUUUAUGCCGAGAAUCUGCUUCUAUAUGCUCCGCAGGCACAGGAAGAGGGUAUCCUCCCGUUGCCAAUUGGGAAGAGCCACAAAUUCGCUCCUGUUGCUCUUGGGGAUGUUGCCCACGUGGCGGCUCAUGUUCUCACUGGUAAAGGGAAACACGGGUUUGAUGACAAGCAUAGGGGACAAAUGAUGAUAAUCACCGGACCGAAAUUGUGCGCUGGGCAUGAGCUUGCUACCGCCGCGAGCAAGGCACUUGAUACAGAGAUGGAAUUCGAAAACAUAUCCCAGGCCGAGGCGAAACGUGUACUGAAGGCACAGUCGGAUAGUGACCAGUCUGAAUUGCAAUACCUUCUCGAGUACUACAGCCUGGUACGUGAGGGCAAGACAAACUACAUUGCGACUACUGCGUUUCAUGACGUUACAGGGGGCCAUCCCACUGAACCUGAUGAAUUCUUCCGGUUGUACCAGAAUGAGUUCCGGCCCAGUAAAAAGGCGAAGCACAGUCACAACCACAAGUAG